CCCUCCGGCCUCUGCGCCAACCCCGCGCGCCGCCCGCGGCUUCCUCCUCUCGGGGUCCUCGUUCGGCCUCUGCCGGCCUCCGCGACUCCGCGGUGCCCGCCCCCAUUGAGUUCAAAAGGACGCGCGGAGCGGCGCCGGCCCUCCCCCGGCAGCCCGUCGGACUGGAAAGAUCUGCCUCUUCUCCAAGGAACUCAACCACUAGUGACAAUGACCAGCCUCCUGACCACUCCUUCUCCGAGAGAACUGAUGACCACCCCAAUUUUACGGCCCACUGAGGCCCUGUCCCCAGAAGAUGGAGCCAGCACAGCACUCAUUGCAGUUGUUAUCACCGUGGUCUUCCUCACCCUGCUCUCGGUCGUGAUCUUGAUCUUCUUUUACCUGUACAAGAACAAAGGCAGCUACGUCACCUAUGAACCUACAGAAGGCGAGCCCAGUGCCAUCGUCCAGAUGGAGAGUGACUUGGCCAAGGGCAGGGAGAAGGAGGAAUAUUUCAUCUAAUGACUCCCGGGCCCCAAGGAGCUUAUUCCUGGCUCCAGCACUAACAUAUUGACUGCUUAUUACGGGAAAGUUUUAUCUGAAGCCAGGGAGAAGCAUUGAUUGAUGUGGGCAAAUCCAAGCUCCAGCCAGGUCGCAGUCCCAAAUGCCGACAUCACUGACUCCAGGGACCAGGGACAUGGAGAAAGCUGUUUAUGGUAUCUUUAACCAGGCCCUCUUAUCAGAGCUGGUGUUUUUGACUGGUCAAAAAGAUGGGGCUAUAUGAGGGGACAUCUGAGUAUGUGCCCAGUCAUCUUUUUUCACACGUUGAAGGGAGAGAAAAGAGCGUUAGGGCCAUUGGCUGCUCUACUCUGUCCCCUACCUGGUUACCUAGUGAUAGCCCCAGUGGAGAUACUGUCCAUACAAGGUCUUCCCAGAGGCUGGAUACCACAGUAAAAGGCCAGGCCAGGAAGGGUAGGAGACUCUGGAGAUCUUACCUCCUGAUAAAUGUGCUACAUCCCCUAAUCUGAGCCCUUCCUUUCCGUGUUCCCCAACAACAACAUGCUUACGUGAUUUUUAUCCAAAUUAAAAUUUUUCAUUGCUACAGAAGUC